GACGCCAAAUCAUUUCGCGCUUGGCUGUCGGGCGACACAGACGUUUCGUGACAAUUUUAUCGCUUUCUUCUGCUGGAGUCGAAAAUCGUACAAAUCGGAUGGUAUCUGUUUUUUCUUAAAUUCAAAGAGUUAAAAGUGAAAAAAAGUGUAAAGUCAAACGAGACAAGUUUAUUGGACUUUUUAGCGAGAUAAAAAACAAGUUGAAGUCAAUUAAUUAUUUUUUCAUAAAACUGAGUAAGAGAUCUAAAGACCUUACUCCUCACUACCGCUGAACUCUGAACCAGUUGAAUCUCCCCACGUUAAACUAGAAACACUUCAAAACCCUAAACGUAGCUCAUCAUGAAGCACACCAUCGAACAAUUCGCUGAUGCCGAGUUAACGGAACAAAUGUUUAAAAUAGCGAAACGUGAAUUACGCGAGGACAAAUAUGUACGCGAACAAAGUGUGGAGCAAUUACGUAAUUGGGUACAGAAGAACGAAGACUUACGUGAUGUACGACUCGAUGAUGAGUUCCUCUUGCGUUUCCUACGUUGCAAAAAGUUCAGUGUGCCCAUGGCACAACAGACGCUACUCAAAUACCUAAAUGUGCGACGCACCUUCCCACACAUGACCACACAAUUGGACUUUCUCGAGCCGAAACUGAACGACGUUAUUAGCAAUGGCUAUAUAUUCGCCUCACCAAAGCGGGACAAGAACGGCCGACGUGUAGUGAUCAUCAAUGCCAAAGGACUCAAUCCAAAGAUAUACACCAGCAGUGAUCAAGCGCGUGCACAUUUUCUCACUUACGAAUGUCUCAUGGAGGAUCAAGCCACACAGAUUUGUGGCCUAAUACAUGUCGGUGACUUUUCUGGUGUCACCACAGCGCAUGUGACCAAUUGGAAUCCAACAGAAUUUGCGCGUGUUUUCAAAUGGAGCGAGCAGUCACUGCCGCUGCGUCAUAAGGAGAUCCAUUUGGUGAAUGUGCCGGCGACGCUCAAGUGGCUAAUCGAUUUCGUUAAGGGGCGUGUCAGUUCGAAGAUACGCAAUCGUUUGACACUCUACACGCAAGAUAAAGAGUUGGCGAAAUAUGUUGAUCCCUCGUGCCUGCCACAAGAGUUGGGCGGUGAUAUGCCGAUGAAGGCAAUGGUUGAGUUGUGGAAGGAGGAAUUGCUAGCCAAGCGCGAAACCAUAGUCAACUUGGAUAAGAUUGCAUUGCUGAGUGAUCGUGGCAUUUUGCGAAAAAGUAAUUUCAAUGCGGAGAAGAAUGCGAACGGCAUGAAUUUUGUCUCCCAGAUCGAGUCGAUCGAAGGCAGUUUUCGAAAGCUGGAAUUUGAUUAGACAUUAAGCAUUCCCACCAUUGGUGAGAAAGUGUUGAGAAGGUCGAGAGUCGAGCUAAGCUCGGAGGUGAUGUGUUGAUGAUGUGCAUGUUGUGUUAAUUUACUUUACUUAAUCUAAGUUUAAAAUUAAAAGAAAAAAAAAACGGAUAUAAUUAUUAUUAUUACAUUUAAUUUGCGAUCACUGAAGUGCAUUGUGGUAAAAGCACUCCAUGGGGUGGGGUGGGGUGUGGGUUUGUACGCUUGGUUUAGUAUUAGGUGUAGAGAUUACAUAUGUCUAAAAAAAAAAUAUAUAUAAUAUAUACUUAGAUAUAUACAUACAUAUAUAUAUAUGCACUUUAUGAACAAUCCAAAGCUUUGUCCUCCUAUAACAUACAUAUAUGUACAUAUGUAAUUGCGCAAUACUUCAACAGCCUAAUAAAACAUUCGCUUAUUUUUGAAAUAA